AUGGCGAACCUCGUGGCGGGGGGCGUCAAGUCUCUGGGAGAGAUGAUCGCGGGGGACGAGUCCGCCACCGAGCAGGUCGCGCAGGCCUGGGGCUGCAUGGACACUCUGAACCCGUACAGUCGGCUCGAGAAGCCCACGCGCUUCGAAUCAGACCCGCCUGGUUGCUAUCGUCUCCGAGACAUGCCACUGAGAGACAUCGACAACGUGGUAAAAGUGAAGCACGUCGUGGAUUGGAUCAAGAUUGGAACGGGGUGCCAGGAGCUUCCCGACACAAGUGCUGUGGACAUGGUCGACAUCAUGCGCCGCGGCGACUACGCGUCCUUGCCGUCUCCGUUCAAGCCGAAGAAGGACACGGGAGAGCUGGCGUUCACAAUGCAGAUCUACGUUCUGCCCACCGACCCUGAUGGGGUGCCCUCGGGCGGCCCGCCGCUGAUCAUCGAUGACAGCGACGAAGAGGCGCCCCAUGGCACGGGCGACGGCCUCUUCGGUGCAGGUUUCAAGAACUGUUGGAUGGUCGACGCCCUGAACGCCCUCGGAUUCAACGUUCCGUACACCCAGGAUGGGCCGUUCAGCAUCAACGAUGCCGAGGCCAUGAUCGCUGGAGACGGGUGCGUGAUCGCCCGUGCGUCCAUCCGCGGAGCUUGCGCCGUGCCCACAGGCCGCUACAUCGCAACGUGCGGCUCUGCGCCUGGGGUGACGGGGCACGCCGUGGCCGUUCUCGUCUUCCUCGGAGGAUUCAUCGUGUUCGACGGUGAUGUGCGCGCCUGCCACACGGGCCACGUCUCGUGGCAUAUCAUGCCUGAGGGCGUGCGUGCCGAGGAAUGCAAUUGGUGGCAGGCGGACAAGCACAAGCGUGCGCACCGCGUGCAGCAGGCUUCGUUGAAACGGAAGCCCGCUUGCGCGACUCUCCAUUCUAAGAAGUUGUCUGGCAUUCGCAGGGUGUCGUUGACGAAGGGGAGCCGCAUCAGCAAGAAGUCGAUGAUGAAGAAGGGUAGGGCGACAACUAAAAAAGAGGCUCCUGGUCCAUCCUACAUUCCCCCGAAUCAGAAACAAGCUGAUCGCCCUUCUCUCGCCGCGCUACCUAUAUCCAAGAGGAUCGCCGUGGUCGACAUGGCGCGCAUCAGUCCCGAGCUCCUCGCGCGUAUCAUGAUAGAGAUCGGGGUGCUACCAGAUCUGGGGGGCGAGUGCACGGCGUGCCAGUGCGGCACAAUGGAGUUGAAGCUUCGGGGCGGCCAGUCGGACAAGGACAUCCAGGUGGCGGGCUUCAGCAUACCUCAAAUGGAUUAUCCGAUUUGGCGCUGUUCCAAUUGGGAUUGCCAGAGGCGCGAGUCGAACCUCGACCCGAAGGGCCCUCUGAAGGAGUUGUUCAACAAGGGCUCCGUGAACACCACCCGCACCCUCCUCGCCAUCGCCCAUGCAGCAACCCAGCAUGCCUCGGGCUACGAGUCGUCGGACGGAAUGGCUGUGCAGGUGGGGAUAUCGAAGAAUACAGCCCAGCGCAUCACUAGUGUCGUGCGGUCCAUCUGCGCCCGCGUUGCCAAGGCUGAGCAGGACGACUUUGUGUGGCCUCGCGGGUGCCUCGUUGAGGCCGACGAGGCGUCAAUGCGCGCUUGCCGCGUGACUUGCCCGCGAGAUUGUUGUGAUACGACGUGCGGCGAGCACCCUUUUGGGCGUUACCGCAUAUUACAUCACCGAUUCAUGUGCGUGUGUCCUCGGGGACAGCGCCAACUGGCGACGUUUUUCGAGCUGCCCCAGCGGACCUGCGCCGCUGGGGGAAGCGGCGUUUCACUCAGUGGGCCCGAGUGCGACGAGAUCCUCUCUUGGGUUCUCGUGCCUGGCAAUUUCACGCUUUUGACGGAUGGCGCGGGCGCGUACCAGUCCGUAGCACCGAAAAGCCGUGCUGCUUACAGCGACAAGAGCAAAGACCCUCCUCGUUUCAAUGCUGACCGCUUCAAGCUGCAUUAUAAGCAUCUGAAGCUAUCGCACGGCAUAGUUUCUCACGAUGCAGAACAGUGGGCCGUCGUCGACCGCGUGCGCGUCGUGCGCCCGAACGGGCGCACCGAGACUCUUCAUUUGAAAAAAGGCACGCAGUGUUGCGAUGGCCUCUGGCCUGAGAUGCGCGACAGCAUCCCAGACAGCGUCCACACUUCAGACUGGGAGCGUUGCCGCUCGUACUUGUGGGCUUGGGUGUGGCGCAUGCGGAGGUCAGGCAACGACCUGCUCCAGGAGUUUGGCCAGUCUGUUCGCAGGGAGAGAGGCUGCAUGCAUUAA